CCUCGGAUCUUCGUAUUCCCCCUUUGGCCAGGCUCGCCCCUUCUUGCUACGGCACACCCGCACCAUGUCUGCCUCGACACCAAGGAGGUCGACGCGCAGGAGCGUCACCCGAUCCAUGUCAAGAGAGCUCUUAAGCGACAUCGAACCCGAGCGCGCCCCGGCCACGCCCUCCAGGAGACGAAAGAACAGCCGGCAGGCCCACCUCGAUGCCGAGCAAGCAACACCAAGACGCAGAAGUCAAAGGCUCUCGGCAACGCCCACACCAUCAUUUCCGGUACAUCGUGUCUCGUCAUUUGAUGACACUAUCAAGGAAGAGAUUGCUGACGAGGACGACCGGAAAGUCGAGGAGAUAGAGGAGAUAGAAGCGGAAGAGCUAACUGGAGAGGUCUCAUCGCAGCAAGACCUGACCGAUAGCCAAGAGGAAGCAGGCGACGGAAUUGUAGAAGCAGGGGUAGAUCAAGGAGCUGAAGAGGAGGAAGUGGCAGAGGAAGAGGAUGACGUCGAGGCCUCGCUAUCUGCUAUACCAUCUCACAGGGGUCAAGAACAGUCCGAGAAAUCUUACAGCAAUGGUCGGGUCCUUGAGGAAAAUUCACCACCUAGGAGAUCAUCUCCUGGUACAAGUAGACGUUCCGUCAAAGCGAACAAGCAAAAGGGUAAAUCAUCCGAUCGUGCUGUUCGCCGCUUGUACCUCAAACGCAAGAUCCUCGCCGUCUUGUCGGGCUUUGGGCCUGUCCUGCGUCCGGCCCUCAUCAUCUCAGCUCUGGUGUUGCUAGCUCUGCUGCCUGCCCCAAUGCCUCCCUUCAGCAAGAACACGUACGUCGAUGAAAAUGCACUGCAGCCUGCACAAGCCAAUGUCUACUGGGGUUGGAAUGAGGUCGGCCUGUGCGAUGAGAUUGCAAAAGACAUCAAGCAGAUGGCAAAGUACGCAGACGCUACACAGCGGGCAGAGUACAUUUCUUCCAAGCUCCUGGAGUUUGGACUCGACCCUCAUACUCAACAGUAUGACUUUGAAGUUCCUGCAGCGUACGCAUCCUCGACUUCAUCGGCCUCCGGGGUCAACACCUAUGCACGCUGGCUCAGUGGCCGGUCAGAUGGACGAGAGGCAGUCAUCAUUGCCGCCAGCUGGCUCAGUAGAUGGGACGGCACUGAUGAUCCUGACCCGGUACAGGACAACGAAAAGCCCACGACUGUAGAAGGACGUCGUGUCAACGUGCGCGGAAAUGCAAUCGUGCUAGCCUUGGCCAAGUACCUGUCCUCUCAGUCACACUGGAGCAAAGAUAUCAUCUUUGUCUUCAGUGACGGGUACAUGGAGGGGAUGCAAGCAUGGUCCACCACCUACUUUGGAGCAAAGCAGAGCAAUUUGGAGGCCGAUCCUCUCACUUGCACAGGUGCCGUCGUCUGGAAUUCGAUCGCUGUGGACUAUCCGUCUGAUAGCUUUGCCUCUCUCAUGGUGCUGCAUGAAGGAGUAGAUGGCCAAUUGCCGAACAUGGAUGUCCUGAAUGCCCUCGUGAAGAUCGCAGAGAGGAUGGGACGCAUGCCUGUGCACUUGCCCGGAGAUUAUGGCAUUUAUUCCAUCGAAGACGAUGCCCCUGGCGGCACCUGGGGAUCCUCUGGUGCAUGGCUGGAGAAGCAUCUGAAGUGGGGCUGGAGAGGGGUGGCCAAGUACCAAAAGGGCUCUGCCAACUUGCUGCAGCAGGUCAAGGCUCAGGCCAUCGGACACCCGAGUGGUAUCCACGGACUUUUCCAGAGAUUCCACGUGGACGCUAUCACAGUCUAUGCUAGCCCAGCAAAGGGCCCAUACGGCUUUUGGAAUCUGGGUAGGAUGCUUGAAGCGAUGAUGCGCUCCUUCUCCAAUCUGCUUGAGCGGCUGCAUCACUCUCAAUUCUUCUACCUCCUCACAAGGCCGGACAAAUUCAUUCCUCUGGGAGUCUACCUCCCUGUAGCCCUGCUUAUGAGCGUCGCAUCGACCCUCAUGGGAAUCGCCAUCUGGAUGCAAGCCGGGAGAGAGGCCAAGCAGCGGAAGUCUGACCUUGUCGAGUGGACAGCUGGGCGCAUGCGCCCCGCCGAUUCGCAGAGCUCCGGUGAUGUUUGGCCGCCUCAAGUAGACCUACCGCUAGAAUAUCCAACACACGCCGAUCUUCAGGUAGAUCUGGCUCACAUCGUGAUCAGUAGCGGUCUAGAAGGAGAGAGGGCGAGGAGCAAGCUACAAGAGCUGCUUGUCAGCCUAGACGCUCAGAGUCGACCGACUGCGUCGGCUCUGCUGGCCAUGGGAGCUUCUCACUUUGCCGGAGCUGUCAUUUUUGGUCUUCUCUUGAGGCAGACGGGCUCGUCCCUCCGCCUGGUAUCUAUAGUCGGCUCGCUGACACCCCUCGCUGUAGCCCUUUUUGGCCGCUACUGGGCUGUACCCCUGCCGACUGCCUCCUCUCGACCCCAAGCUCACAUUAUUGCACUUGCACACCUGAUUCACGCUUUCACUCUUCUAGAAACAGGGAUGGCAGUGGCCAUCUUGAGCAUCCUGAACUUCAGCGCUGCAAUUGUCAUGGCGCUGCUACUCGUGAUACCCCUCUAUACUAUUCACGUUCCUCGGUCCGCUGCCCAGCAAAUUUCGUCGAACAAGAUCUCGAAAAAAGCAAGGACGGCUGCAUUUGUCACCGGGCUCGGCUUCUUGCUGGUACUGCUACCGUGCAAUCUGCCUCAUCUUCUUCGGGCAGUCGCUCAUCUCGCGCCGCACCUCGAGCACCUGCUGCCGCCCUCAUGGGCGGUCUCGCUGAAGGACGACCUCGUCCAGAUCAACGUGGUGGAGCAGGUUCUGGCCACGGUCAUGUACGACUGGUACUUUCUCGGCACUGCUUUCCUGCCGAUUGUCUCCCUGGUGUACACGCCGAUUGUGCUGCAGGCCAUCGUGGUGACAUCGCUUGUAGUCGUCGCUUGAAGCAAGCGAAGCGGAGAGGUGGGAAUGGCGAUGAAAAUAGAAUAAUACAAC